AUGCCCCUUAUCUUGCUUGCUGAUGAUGAUGGGAGGGCUCUAGCGGGAGAGGGCCUACCCCAUGUGCAGGUCAAAUGCAGCGUCUCGAAUUUACCGACUGGAGAUGGUACCUUAGAAUCAUUCGGCUUCUUCACAUUGGCUUUCUUCCCUAGUGUUGCGCCCAUAGGCUUCAACAGAUUUAUGGAGCUCAUCUCGACUCACUUCUACGAUGAUACUCGUGUUUUCCGAGUAGAGCCCGGCUUUGUUGUGCAGUUCGGCAUCAGUGGCAGUCCUGGUGUGGGCUCUAAGUGGCUCGGGAUGCCCCUCAUGGACGAGCCUGUUCGG